GACCCGGCGUGCUGGGCAAGGGCGGGUUCGGCCUCUCGAGAGAGAGGAGGCAGAGACGGGCGGAGAAGAAGAAGAAGACGACUACGAACAAGGCGGCGGUGGUGGCGGCGUUCACACUCACACACAGAGCUACAGCAACAGCAGGGAAGAAGAACCACAGCGACAACUACGGCAGCAGCGGAACCACGGCAACUCUACUGGACAAGCUCAGGGGCCCGCACGCGAGAAAAACAGAGAGACGCCACCAGCAGUGAGAGGAGAGAAGGGUGGGGAGAGACGCGGUUUUGGCUCAGGGCGCGGCGGCAUCGGUGGUGGUUGUUGUUGGUGUCACGGGCCCCUUGGGGUGGCAGCGUCGAAGAGUUUUGAGAGGGGGCGGAGGAGGGCAACAGUCUUGUGCGAGGCGAAACGCGAGCAGCUCCCAACUUGACUCGCUGCUGCUGCUGGUAAUAAAGAGUCGUAGGUGAUAAUCAUCGCCAGAGUUGGUGUUGGUGGGUGACUGUAGUCGUAGUAGUCGGAGCGGCAGCAGCAGUGGGAGCAGCAUGGGGACGCCGGGCAGGAAGCGGAACCCGGUGCGGGAGACGUUCGCGGCCGAAGACGACGCGCUCAGCCACAUCGCCAAGGAGGCGGAGGCCAAGCUCGCGUCGAAGAGGGCUGCACGAGCGGAGGCAAGAGAGAUUCGCCUGCGAGAAUUGGAGAGGCAGCAGAAGGAUAUCUACAAUAUUCAGAAGAAGUAUCAGUUGCCGCGGCAUAAUGAGGAAUACGACAAUAUACACCAGUGGAUGGAUGGUGUGGAGGUUCCAUCAACAAGGCUCUCCAGACCACAGUCGCGGCAGCGGGCGUCUCCUUUCUCUGACGCCGAUGGGCUCUCAGAGAGAAGCGGCCGUUCUGGCAGCAGGCGUGAGGACUAUGAAUGCGAACGAGAUGCUUCCAGUGGAAGGAGUAGGGUGAAGAAUGGUGCUACAAAGAAAUAUCCAUUGGAUCAUGAAGAGAGAUACUCCAGCCGAUAUCACAGAGUUAAGCCGGAUGAUGAAGAGUUGUACUCCAGCCAGCUGGGAAAAUAUAAACCGCGGUUGUCCAGUGCCGAAAGAGAAUCGGAGAGUAGUGACCAUAGAAGGCGUGCGCCGCCUGCCGACGAUGAGACUGACGAGAUUUGGCAAAGCGACAAAUACAGACGGAAGCUCGGUUCUCGAAAAAAUAGUUAUGACAACUGGGAUGCUGGCUCCAGCAGAGCCAAGGCCCAUGUUGUGCAGGAUGACGGUGUCCGGGGCGGCUAUGAUGACAUGCCCUUUUCAAGGCGCACUGGCAAAAGGACUUCCUCUCUUUACAGUGAGCCUUUGGCCCCUGCUCGAAGCUGCAGGACUUUGGGCUCAGAAGAUAUUCUGGGCAGUGCCCGUGGGUGGCGGGGCUCUUCCUCACGGGUCGCAGCAGAGGGUGUGUCCGGCUCUCGGCUCAGCUCUCUGGUCAAUUCUCGUAGGGCCAGCCCAGCGUCCUCUGAUGAUGAGGUGACGAGUGUACACUCACGGAAAUCCACUCGCUCAGCCCGGGGCGUCACGUCGUCAAACCCACCAUCACGGAAAGGCUCAAUAGUGGACAUCUACGGUUGCUCUUCUCGCAGAGGAAGUGCACUCUCUGAUUUCGAUGAUGUUUCAAUCCCUGAGCUGGCUAAAUACACUGAUGAUCACAGUGACAAUGACCUCGCAGAAAACACAGGACGCCCCUUGGCAUCCCGGAGUGCCGUAUCAGCCUUGUCCUCAUCCAACUUGUCCUCCAAGCAGGGCAAUGGAGACAUUGGCUCUCUUGGAGAUGUGGAUGUCUCGACCAAGGAUAUCUAUGAGCUAAAGGAUCAAUUACGCGAUGUAGAUUCCAGAUACACGAAGGGCCUAAAAGAAAUAAAGGAAUCACUGUCAGAGGUCCAGGAAAAAUUUAAAAAGGCUAUGGUGACGAAUGCACAGCUUGACAACGAGAAGUUUAAUUUGAUCUAUCAGGUGGACACCCUGCGCGACAGCAUGGAGGAGAUGGAGGAGCAGAUGGCGGAGCUCAGGCGCCAACACGAGGACAAAUGCAAGGACUUGGAGAGACAGAAGCAUGCGCAAAGUGUGCUGCAGUACAAAUAUGAUGAACUGCAAGAGGGCCUCAAGCAGAGGGAUGCACUCAUAGAGGAAAUUAAAACACUGCAGCGUAAAGAAGAAUCAUAUGUGCGGGAGGUAAAUGAUCUCCAGGAAGCAAUUGGGUGGAAAGAAAAGAAGAUAGGGGCUCUUGAAAGGCAAAAGGUACACUUUGAGUGUAUCAUGAAUGAAAGAGAUGAACUCAGGCAACAAGUCACUCAACUUAAAGAAGAGUUGAAAAAGAAGCACGGGCUGGUGAUGGUUCCGGAGGGGGAGGUGAACGGGGAGGUGGGGCCGGACGGGGAGCCGCUUGCCGGCGGCGGGGCGGUGACCCUGGUGUCGCGGCAGGCUGCACAGCUGCUCGAGGGCGCGGGGGAUGGGCCGCUUGACAUAAGGUUGAAGAGGCUGGUUGAAGACAAGGAAUCACUUGUAGAGCAGGUGAAGAGCCUGAAGAUUCAGCUGGAAGAAACCAAACAGAAAUCGGGAAAAUCGGAUAGCGACCCCACAGAAAACGGCAUGGAUGGUAUCGAGACACAAAGAGAUGUAACUAGACAACUCAGUGAGCACAAGUUUAAGCUUUCAAAAGCGGAACAGGACAUCACAGCAUUGGAACAAAGUAUAGCUCGCCUGGAAGGUCAAGUUGCACGUUACAAAACUGCUUCGGAGAAUGCAGAGAAAGUUGAAGAUGAGCUUAAAGCAGAAAAGCGUAAACUGCAAAGAGAGCUGAGGUCAGCACAGGACCGUGUGGAAGAGCUGGAGAUCACCAAUAGUCAGCUUACAAAGCGGCUGGAGAAGAUAAAGUCCACCAGAAAUGUGGUCCUUCCUCAGGAAUAAUGAUGCACGCUAUCCUCUUCCAAGCAAAGCAACGUUGCAUCGAUUGGAUUUAUUAUUGUUCUGACUGCCUUUUUUGCUACUGCUUUAGUUCACUUCCGCAAUGCCUCAUUAAUUUGUUAAAGCCUCCCCGUGUCUUUUCAGGGGUCACUUUUCCCCGUUGAACACAGAUUGUGGAUUAUCAUGUUCACGCUUUCAUUUAUUUGUUGUUGUUUUGGAUGAUGUGUGGCAAUCAGAUUGAAACCGAAUGGCUUUUUGUUUGCCCAACAUUACAGUUGUUGGUGACAUAAAGCCAAUAACGAUACGUUGAAACGUAUAACAUCCUUUUUGCGUUCACGAAGUGUACAACUGUUCUUUAAGCUUAUCAAAACUGGUGUGUUGAAACACUUACAUACCAUUCAUUCGCAGGAUUUGGUAGGCAUACAUUUUUCAGGGCAUGUGUCAAUUAACUUUGCAAGGAAAUAUAUUACGAACGAUACAGUGAAAUGUUGCACAGGUCCUUUUCAGUCUUAACUUUUGUUCAUUUUUUUUUUAAUAUGCUGUGGCCUCGCAAGCUGAAUUUGUUUCGUCUUGUGCUCCGGGUCUCCCAAAUGGAGGGGGGAAGACCAUGCAUUUUUUUCUGAAAUGUCCAUGCUCAAACAUGUGCAGGUGUUUCAAAAACUAAAUGUCCCUGACAGUAACAUCUUUAAUAUGCAUAUGCACUGAUCAAAGUGACUUUACUGUUGCAGAUCUAUAAAACUAAAGUUAAUUGUGCCUUUUUUUUAACGAGUAAAGACAUUUUAAUUUAAUAUGCAUAGUAUCAUGCACAGUGAUAGGUUCACCUGUUUUCUUUAUGAACGCUGCAAAAAGUCCUCAGUACACAAUUAUUUGUAGCACGACUAUCAACAGAAAGCAUAUCCUUUUGCGCUGACACGAGUAGCAUAUUCUCUCUUUCUCUUCACUCGUAGGAAUGGUACAGCAACAGUUCAGUGCUCAAGCAUCCACCGUGUAUAUAGUAAAAACAAAAAUCCAAGAACGAGUUGUUGCAUCUGUGAGGCAUCUCAACAUUUAUCUCAUGGUUUAUGCCUAAAGCCAAAUAAGCAUUUAUUGUCAAUCAUAGAUGGGCGCUCAUGUUUAAUGAACGCUCAUUUAUGAUUAUUGUCCUAAAAUGUUAAUUCUUUUGUUGGGGUUUGGUUUUAAGGGUGAUAUGCAAAAUGUGUGGAAUGAUGUGCUUCAUGCGAUGUUAAGAACUGCUUUCAGUGUAUUUUUAUUUCUGGAAAGAAAAUGCAAUCCAA